AUGCUCGCCACGCUCUCGAUCGCGCUUUCCGCCGCCCUGCCGCACCCUCUGCCGGGCCUGUCCCUCAACGCGACCGCUCGCUACACUGCCGGAAUACUCAAGGUCACCUCGCCCGUCGGAGACUGCUCCGUCUUCCAUGCGCACGUCGAGCAUGAGGACAAGUCCACCCCUCUGAUCGCGUGGAUGAACGGCGGCCCGGGCGCCUCCUCUCUGAUGGGCUUCUUCACCGAGCUUGGCCCGACGCUUCUCAACCUCCAGUCCGUGCCGGCCGCCGGCGCAUUCUCCCUCGACGCCUCCGACGGCUGGCGGCCCUUCUCGAACCCGCACGCGUGGAGCCGGCUCGGCUCGCUCCUGGUGUGGGAGCAGCCCGCCGGCGUCGGCUUCUCGCGCUGCCUCGGCGGCUGCCCGCGCGUGUGGAACGACACCACCUCGGCGCUCGCGAACCUCGCCACGCUCAGAGCCUUCUACGCCUCGCAGCCGGCCGAGGCUUCGCGCAGCCUGGUCCUCGCCGGCGAGAGCUACGGCGGCAUCUACGUGCCACUGCUGGCGCAGCUGGUCCUGCGCGACGCAAGCCUGCGGGCCAGAGGCGUGGCGCUCGCCGGCAUCGCCGUCGGAAAUGGCUGCGUCGGCUACGGCGUCGAGGGCGGCUGCGGCCUCGACUCGCUCGACAUCUUUGUCUCGACGCUCGAGCGACUUGCGCCCGGAGUCAGCAGGGCCGCCAUCGCCACCGCGCGGUCGAAGCAGCCCGGCCAGCUCUCGCGCGGGUGCGCGGCGGCGGUGUCGGCCCUCUUCGUCGAGGUUGGCGAGUACAACCAGUACCACUGGUCCUCCCCUUGCGGCCCCGACGGGCAAGGCAACUGGGGCGACGGCUCGGCCUUCGCUUGCGAGCCGCCGCUGGCGUGGGAGAGCUGGGACGGCGACUCGCCCUACUACCACAUCACGGAGGCGGACGCACAGCCAGUCGACCUAGAUGCGGAGCCCGCCUACCGCGACCUCCUCGCCGCGGGGGUGCCCACCCUCAUCUACUCGGGCCUCGCAGACACGGGCGAGCCGGACGUCGGCGCCGAGCGGUGCGUGCCGACGGAGCCGCGGCGCAAGUGGGGCGCUCCGCCGCGCUACGAGUUUGCUGGCCACGUCGAAACGUACGCGAGCGGGCUCACGUUCGCCACUGUCGCGGGCAGCGGCCACCUUGUUCCGGCCGCUCGCGAUUCGUACAAUGAUGAAGGGGAGCGACUGCCCGCGUACAAGGGCGCGGCGUGCAAGCGGCUGUGGCUCGGCCGGCACUAUGCGGACUGGUGCGACUCGCCGCCGCAGCAGCCGGCGGCGGUGGCGCCUGGCGCGCACUACCACCCGAGGAUCGCUGCGUGA